CACUCACAGGUACAGAAGGAAAGCCAAACAGCAGCGGCAUGAAGACGAGCUAACGUGUUUAUCGAUCUGCGGUGGAGAAUUAAAGGGUUUCGGUUUGAGGGGCUUUAUCGGGGUUAUGGAGCACUACAGGCGGGCUGUACAGACGGACUGCGAGCGGAUCCUCGGCAGAUUUCAGGCCACCGACUCGGUGCGCUACGAGGAGUUCAGCACCAUCUGGAGACAAAUGAACUUCUCCAGCAUAUUUUAUGGUCGAAUGGAGCACAGUGAGACGAAGGCCUUCACACGUUUGGCUCUGUCUGUUGUUUCUCCGUACCUCUUCCCUCCGUACACCUUCCAGAUCCGAGUAGGAGGCCUUUACCUUCUUUAUGGCCUCUACAACACCCAGCUCACCACUCCCAAAGAGAAGAUUCGCUUGGCUCUGAAGGACUGGGAUGACCUGAUAAGAUUUCAGCAGGAUGCCGUUAAUGCCCAGCACUAUGACGUGGUGUAUAUCCUGAAAAAACUCCUGUCUGAAAAAGCCUUCUGCUUCACCGCCAUGCCAAACAUACUGUUCUUUAACCUGAAGAGGAAACGAGGGGAGAAGAGUCAAAAGCUGUGCGAUACGUUCGUCGAUCGACCGUCCCGUCCGCAGGAGCUCGUCGGCACAGACAUGCUGGAGGAACUGUCUAACGUGCAUGAGCACUACGAAAAGUUGAAGCAAGCAGUUUCACCACAGCCGGACACGCCUGACCUCAGCCUCAUCAAACAGAACCUGGUGCCCAAACUACGCAGCGCUGUGCUCACCUACUACAGCUGGCAGCAGAACCAGGCCGAGUUUGACGGUCAGGGUGCUGAGAGUGACGCAGGUGCAGGAGAAGGCACUUCAGGUCAAGAGCAGAGCGCUCACAGAGCACAGCUCCUGCAGUCCAUCAAAUCCAGGUCCUAUGGACAGGCUGCAGAGGCUUCCAAGUCUCGCCGUCACAGACAAGUAGAGUUGGCCUCAGCAGCCACGGACACUACAACGGGAGAAGUGUCAAACUAUAAGAAGAAAGUCCUGUCCCUCAAAGAGCGCACCCAGCUACGCUUCACGAGCCAAGGAAAUCUGAACAAAGAGCUGAUGGGCGUGACCCGGCUGUGGUGCCUGACUACGCUGGAUGAGAAGACUGAAGAGAAAAAGAAAAGGCGAUUCAACUGGGAAUCAGAACAAGAGGGUGAUGAACACUGAACAGAGAAGACUGGACGAGCUUUUAACAGGUCCCACCUGAGUGGACAGAUCAUUCAGCAGCUUCUACAAAGCGAGUAGAGCUAAUAGAGAGGGCUGAUGUCUCCUUGCUCUCAUUUGUUUGUCGUUUAAAGAAGCACUGCAGCUGUUUUCAACCUGAUUUCUAUCUGCUGUAUCUUCAGCUAUGGUCCACAGAGCGCUGAAGCUGUAGUUGGCGUCCGGCCCAUAUUAGAAACUCGAUUGUGUAAUGAAAAAUAGUGGACGCCGUGAAAAGUUGAUGCAUUCAAGCUCUAAGUGAUGGAUUUAUGUGCCCUCAGUAGAUUUAGCAGUGCAGUUAGCCCUUCUAUGUCUCGAAGAGAAGGCUAACAAUUGACCAAGCCUGUGUUGUGUGAAAUCAGGGGGACUCUGUCCAUUCAGUUCCAUAGGCGAACACACAGAAUUGUUAAUGUGAUAAUUAUCGUAAGUCUUUUAAACAAGGAAGUCUUUUAAAAAAGGAAGUUGCUUUUUAAAUUAUAUAUAUUUUAUAUGUAUAAUGUCUGAAACUUAAGAUAAUAGAUGUUUUGAGACCCUUUUAUCUUUGUUGUUUGUUGUUUUUACCUUUUUCUGUUGUGAAAAUGCUGCUGUAAAGAGUAUUAAUGCUGAUUGUGUGACAAAUUGGUGACAAAAUGGUGUUUUCUAGAUAAAAAGAUAAAAGAUUUUGUAGAAAUGUCUCUUUGGUUUUCGCCUUCGG